GACACAACACCAUCUGGUCGUAUCAUGAUAAUUGAACGGCGUUUCGCAACCUGGUUUUCUGGAGGUGGGCAGCCCAACACCUUGGCGCACCACACAUCGGCAUACGGCGAGGGGUCUGGUCCGAAAAAGAUGUGUACUGGAUCAACCUUGUUGAAGUUUUCUUCGUAUAGAGUCAAGAUUUUUGAUAUGUGGGGAUUAGGUUUCGACAAGACGCCACGCAAUUGUGCGCAGUUAGACUUUGGUGCCUCCGCAGCACUGUCAGGAGGAAAAUAUUUCACCACC